CGGUGGAGGAUGAAGCGACUACAGUGGCCCCAGCCCCAGCCGCAGCACCGGCGGUGGCUGUGGUGGGGGUGGCGAGAACUCGGGCGGUGAAGAGGCAGUGGCUGAAGGAGUGGCAGCCGCCCCAGCCGCUUCCCCCGUGCUUCCCUUCCUCUUUAGUGCAGCCAGGAAGUUUUUCGCUUCUGUGCAUGUGUGUGUGCGUGUAAAGUGAAGGUUUGGGCAGCGUUUGUGCAGGCGUAGGAUUUUUGCCCACUUCGCUUCCCGUAAUCCGGGCAGCUCCAGAGCCUGGGCUGUGGCCCGAAGAGGGGGCGCGGCGGCGGGCUCUCCCCUUUUGUUUUUGUUUCCUCCGCCUGGGGAACUGAAGGGGGAACGCGCCUGGGUGGGGCGACUUGGAGCCCGGGCCUAGUGGCCCCCGGGGCUCCCGGACGGGCGGGCAGGGCAGUGCGGAGUAGAGCGGGCUUCAACAUGAUGGCGGCCGAGGCCGGCAGUGAGGAGGGCGGCCCGGUGACCGCCGGGGCAGGAGGAGGCGGCGCGGCGGCGGGCUCGAGUGCUUAUCCGGCUGUGUGUCGAAUGAAGAUACCUGCGGCCCUGCCUGUGGCAGCCGCCCCCUAUCCUGGGCUGACCGAGGCUGGAGUGGUCGGGACUCUGAGUGGCGGAGCUUCAUACGCGCCAGGGCUCCUAGGAGCCGGGUCUGUGGUGGGGGGACUGGGGGGAGCCGGACUGACAGGGGGAGGUGCUACUGCUGGUGUGGCUGGUGCUGCUGCCCCCGGCCCUGGUGGGGACAUGGCUCUCACCAAGGGGACCACUUCGUUGCCUGCUGAGACCCUAGGGCCAGGCGGCGGAUUUCCCCCUCUGCCGCCCCCUCCUCAGCUGCCUACUUUCGGCGCGGGCCUGGGGACAGUGGAUGAAGGUGAUUCUCUGGAUGGACCAGAAUAUGAGGAAGAAGAGGUGGCCAUCCCGCUGACCGCUCCUCCAACUAACCAGUGGUAUCAUGGAAAGCUUGAUAGAACUAUAGCAGAAGAACGCCUCAGGCAGGCAGGGAAGCCUGGCAGUUACCUAAUAAGAGAGAGUGAUCGGAGGCCAGGGUCCUUUGUACUUUCAUUUCUUAGCCAGACAAAUGUUGUCAACCAUUUUAGGAUUAUUGCUAUGUGUGGAGAUUACUACAUUGGUGGAAGACGCUUUUCUUCACUGUCAGACCUAAUAGGUUAUUAUAGUCAUGUUUCUUGUUUACUUAAAGGAGAAAAAUUACUUUAUCCAGUUGCACCGCCAGAGCCAGUAGAAGACAGAAGGCGUGUGCGAGCCAUUCUACCUUACACAAAAGUACCAGACACUGAUGAAAUAAGUUUCUUAAAAGGUGAUAUGUUUAUUGUGCAUAAUGAAUUAGAAGAUGGAUGGAUGUGGGUUACUAAUCUAAGAACAGAUGAACAAGGCCUUAUUGUUGAAGACCUAGUAGAAGAAGUGGGCCGGGAAGAAGAUCCACAUGAAGGCAAAAUAUGGUUCCAUGGGAAGAUUUCUAAACAAGAAGCUUAUAAUUUACUAAUGACAGUUGGCCAGGUCUGCAGUUUUCUUGUGAGGCCUUCAGAUAAUACUCCUGGUGACUAUUCACUUUAUUUUCGGACCAAUGAAAAUAUUCAGCGAUUUAAAAUAUGUCCAACACCAAACAAUCAGUUUAUGAUGGGAGGCCGAUAUUAUAACAGCAUUGGGGACAUCAUAGAUCACUAUCGAAAAGAACAGAUUGUUGAAGGAUAUUAUCUUAAGGAGCCUGUGCCAAUGCAGGAUCAAGAACAAGUACUCAAUGAUGCAGUGGAUGGCAAGGAAAUCUAUAAUACAAUUCGUCGUAAAACAAAGGAUGCCUUUUAUAAAAAUAUCGUUAAAAAAGGUUAUCUUCUAAAAAAGGGCAAAGGAAAACGGUGGAAAAAUUUAUAUUUUAUCUUAGAAGGCAGUGAUGCCCAACUUAUUUAUUUUGAAAGUGAAAAACGAGCUACAAAACCAAAAGGAUUAAUAGAUCUCAGUGUAUGUUCUGUCUAUGUUGUUCAUGAUAGUCUUUUUGGAAGAUUUAUUGAAGAAUGGGACUGGAUGAAAGGUCUGCAGGCAUUUUGUAAUUUACGGAAAAGUAGUCCUGGGACAUCUAAUAAACGCCUGCGUCAGGUCAGCAGUCUUGUUUUACACAUUGAAGAAGCACAUAAACUCCCAGUAAAACAUUUUACUAAUCCAUAUUGUAAUAUCUACCUGAAUAGUGUCCAGGUAGCAAAAACUCACGCAAGAGAAGGGCAAAACCCUGUUUGGUCAGAAGAGUUUGUCUUUGAUGAUCUUCCUCCUGACAUCAACAGAUUUGAAAUAACUCUUAGUAAUAAAACAAAGAAAAGCAAAGAUCCUGAUAUCUUAUUUAUGCGCUGCCAGUUGAGUCGAUUACAGAAAGGACAUGCCACAGAUGAAUGGUUUCUGCUCAGCUCCCACAUACCGUUAAAAGGUAUUGAACCAGGAUCCUUGCGUGUCCGAGCACGAUAUUCUAUGGAAAAAAUCAUGCCAGAAGAAGAGUACAGUGAAUUUAAAGAGCUUAUACUGCAAAAGGAACUUCAUGUAGUCUAUGCUUUAUCACAUGUAUGUGGACAAGACCGAACACUACUGGCUAGCAUCCUACUGAGGAUUUUUCUUCAUGAAAAGCUUGAAUCAUUGUUGCUGUGUACACUAAAUGACAGAGAAAUAAACAUGGAAGAUGAAGCCACUACCCUAUUUCGAGCUACAACACUUGCAAGCACCUUGAUGGAGCAGUAUAUGAAAGCCACAGCUACACAGUUUGUUCAUCAUGCUUUGAAAGACUCUAUUUUAAAGAUAAUGGAAAGCAAGCAGUCUUGUGAGUUAAGUCCAUCAAAGUUAGAAAAAAAUGAAGAUGUGAACACUAAUUUAGCACACCUAUUGAACAUACUUUCAGAGCUUGUGGAGAAAAUAUUCAUGGCUUCAGAAAUACUUCCACCGACACUGAGAUAUAUUUAUGGGUGUUUACAAAAAUCUGUUCAGCACAAGUGGCCUACAAAUACCACCAUGAGAACCAGAGUUGUUAGUGGUUUUGUUUUUCUUCGACUUAUCUGUCCUGCUAUCCUGAAUCCACGGAUGUUUAAUAUCAUCUCAGAUUCCCCAUCACCUAUUGCUGCAAGAACACUGAUAUUAGUGGCUAAGUCUGUGCAGAAUUUAGCAAAUCUUGUGGAGUUUGGAGCUAAGGAACCCUAUAUGGAAGGAGUAAAUCCAUUCAUCAAAAGUAACAAACAUCGUAUGAUCAUGUUUUUGGAUGAACUUGGGAAUGUACCUGAACUUCCGGAGACUACAGAUCAUUCUAGAACUGACCUGUCCCGUGAUUUAGCUGCCUUGCAUGAGAUUUGUGUGGCCCAUUCAGAUGAACUGCGAACGCUCAGUAAUGAGCGUGGUGCACAGCAGCAUGUACUGAAAAAGCUUCUGGCCAUAACAGAACUGCUUCAACAAAAACAAAAUCAGUAUACAAAAACGAAUGAUGUCAGGUAGCAGCCUUCACCUUAGUGUUCUGCAUGGAUUCAGUACGCCCAACAUGGUAAUUCACAUCAGUAUGUCUCCUUUGCUCUUGCCAAAAAACAGCACACCUUUCCACAUUCCCAGUGAUGUGUGAACUAUGCAAGCAAAACCCCAAGAUUCUGCUGGUGAAUAACCGUGCCAGCAGCUUUGUAAGCUAUCUGUGCAGGAUAUUUGCACUUUUUCCACAUGGAAUCAAUCUUUACCAACCUCUGAGCCUUGGUGUACAGAUCACCUUUCACAACACAAAAUGAUAUGACUGUAUCUUGAACUUUGAAAAUAUAUUUUCAGUAUAUCCAAUUGCCAAAGUUUUGCUGUCUCUUGGAAAAAGAACUAUGAAAUCAACUGACAAGAAAAAGCAUUCUCUAUUGACAAUUGACUGUAACUGGAUUAUAGACUGUUCUUACUAGGAAUAUGACCGUUCGACUGUUCAAUGACUUUAUUUGUAUUUACAGUUUCCAGAGUUUGCCAUAAUAAUAGAAACAAUCUUUGCUGUAUACUUUUUUAAAAUACUGUGCGAUUUCGCUUGCUGGAACUGUUGAAAGAAAAUAUAUAAAAUGGAUCUAUUGCUUUAUUUUUUAAACAUACCACUUAUUUUGUUGGAAUUGUCAAAGACUAUCUAGAUCUCAUAAUGCUUUUGUUAAAUGUUUACAACAGUAAAUAAUUUCAAUUCAGUAAAUAUUGUUGAUCAUUGUACUGAUCAAUGCAUGUACCCAUUCAGCCAUUUUAUAGGUUACCAAUUUCUUUCUAUGUAAAACAAACAUACAAAAAACUAGAAUGCUUUUGUUGAAAGUAUUCGUUCAUUAAUUCCAAGUUGGUUUUUGUGUACCCCUUUGAUUAUGUAAACAACCUCACCAGCCACUUACAGCUUCCCCAUCUUUAAACUUCUGACUACUUGUUGUAGCUGCUGGAUAUUUAGUUUGUAUAGUUUUAUUUGCUUCUGUAUGUGUAUUUUUGUGUAAUAUUCACAAGGGUUAAGUUAAAAUAAAACCAAGGGAUAUCUUGCA